AAUGGAGAGGCCUCAAACCGGGCCAAAGUCCGGACAUUGGCCCGCGGGUGGGGACGAAAUUUCUUUCCGAGAAACGUAGCAGGAGACCGGAGUAUAUUGAAACUGUAACGGUGAUUAGUGAAGUACAAGUGAUUAAUUUCAUCCCACAGCAUGUCGGCGCCGGAUGACCACCCAGAGAAUCAUCAGCACGCAUCAGCAAAUUCAUACCAAAACCUAGAAGAAGAUCAUCUUGGUGUAACAGGAAACAGCUGUGGUGGGAAUACCGAAAUGAAUACUGAGAUGGGGUGGUAUAUUCUUGGUGAAGCUCAGGAACACAUUGGCCCUUAUGCUUUAUCCGAAUUGCGUGAACACUUUCUGAACGGGUACCUCACUGAAAGUACGCUGCUGUGGUCUGAAGGAAGGAGUGAUUGGCAGGCUUUGUCUUCAAUUCCUGAGUUGAUGAGUCAAAUAUAUGAUGAUAUGGUGCCUCCCCACGAUGAUGAUGAGUUUGAAAAAUGGCAAAAGGAAGUGAGAGAGGCAGAAGCUGAGGCAGAAUUUAUGAAGCCUCUUGUUGGCAAUGACGAUCAGGACAGGCCUUCAACGCCGCCGGAGGGCGAGGAGGAAUUUACCGAUGAUGAUGGAACGACAUACAAGUGGGAUCGGGGUCUGAGAGCUUGGGUCCCUCAGGGUAACACAAUAACAAAUAGUGAACACUAUGGGGCAGAAGAGAUGACGUUUCUAGAAGAAGAGGAAGUCUUUCCAACAGUAGAGGCCGUUGGUGCCGCUGUAACAGAAGAGGUUAAUGAUACCAGUGAAGUUUUGGAAACAAAUCAGAACACCAAGAGAAAGUUGCCUGAUAAACCUGUUGAAAAGAAGGAAGCUAACAAACCUCCCGACAGUUGGUUUGAAUUAAAAGUAAACACACAUGUUUAUAUUACUGGACUGCCUGAUGACGUUUCUUUUGACGAGGUUGUGGAAGUCUUUUCCAAGUGCGGGAUAAUAAAAGAGGACCCUGAAACCAAAAAGCCUCGUGUGAAGAUCUAUGUUGACAAAGAAACAGGAAGAAAGAAGGGGGAUGCCCUUGUAUCGUAUCUCAAGGAACCCUCAGUUGCUCUGGCUGUCCAACUUUUGGACGGUGCACCUCUUCGGCCUGGUGGCAAAAUUCCCAUGUCAGUAACUCAAGCUAAAUUUGAGCAGAAAGGGGAGAGAUUUAUAGCUAAGCAAGCAGACAAGAAAAAGAAGAAGAAACUUCAGAAGGUUGAACAUAAGAUGCUGGGCUGGGGUGGUCGUGAUGAUGCAAAGGUGUCGAUUCCAGCUACUGUUGUUCUUCGUAAUAUGUUCUCUCCUGCAGAAAUGAGGGCCGAUGAGAAUCUUUCUUCUGAAUUAGAGGCUGAUGUUCAAGAGGAAUCUCUGAAGCUUGGACCAGUGGAAUCAGUAAAGGUCUGCGAGAAUCACCCUCAGGGUGUUGUUUUGGUAAAAUUCAAGGAUAGGAAAGAUGCUCUAAACUGCAUAGAAUUGAUGAAUGGGCGAUGGUUUGGUGGCAGGCAGAUACAUGCUAGCGAAGAUGAUGGAUCUGUGAACCAUGCUAAAGUCCGGGAUUUAGGAGAGGAUGCUAAACAAUUGGAGAAGUUUGGAGCUGAACUUGAAGCUGAAUGAGUUGAAUUUACGCUUCAUCCUUAGAGUUUAUGUCAUAAAUCUUCAUCCCCUUUAUGUAAUGUAGAUUACAAACCCUCCUUUGUAGAUGACUAAUGCUGUAAAUUUGCCCUUUCCCACGCAGCCUAAUAUUUCCCAGUUUUGAUCUCCGGUUUAUUAGUUUCGAUAUGAUGCUUCUCAUAAUGAAAAGGCGUCAAACUGGUCA